GGCAUCCUCGUCGACCUUUACGUCCCCCGCAAAUGCGCGGCCACUAACCGCCUUAUCACGUCCAAGGACCACGCCUCCGUGCAAUUCAGUGUGGCGGACGUCGACGCCAAUGGACGGGCUCUGUCCACAUCCACCUCCUUCGCUCUCUGCGGUCAAGUCCGGGCUAUGGGCGAGAGCGAUGAUUCGAUCAACCGGUUAGCGACGCAGGCUGGCUACUCGAUGGUAGAGAUCAAGAGCGAAGGUUUGUCGGGAUGCAAUGGCCCCACACAAGAGCAGGACAACCCUGAAGAUAGCAAGUAUCGCUUAUUGUACAGUAAAUCCAAAGUUUACGUGAAUCCUACCGCGUACGCCAGGGAUAACAUUCCCGGCUUCGUCACCUUGGUGAAAAGAGAAGCUGCCAAUCCGACGUACUUCCUGGCGUGGAUCCCAGAGAACUUGCUCAAUGAGAAAGGUCCCGGUGAAUGGGACAAAUUCGUCAAGGUAGAAGAGAAAGCUGCGCUGGACGAGGAAAUUGACGAUGCUGUGUUAAUCGACCUUCCUACGUCGAGACCGGAGUCGUAUGCCUUCUCUGUUCCCAUCACAUCCAUAUACUCUCUCAUUGUAAACCCACCGACGUUAUCAUCAUGGCACGGAUCUAUUGCCAUAAACUUGAUUAAUGGGACCACACUGCCUACUUUACAUUUCCACGAUGAUGAGUCGAAAUCCUUUACAUCCAGCCACGUUGCCACUUCACCGGUCACAAGACGCAACCCUUCUUCGUAUCCGCCUCCUCCCAACGAAGCAAGUCUAGGAACGAAAUCCUCGACUUGGGGAGGUGAAGACUUGCUAGCGCGGUUGCGCGCCUACUGCCAUCUUAUGCGUUCGAAUCUGCAAACUAACUUGUACUUGGUUGACCCUUCCAAGGCGGACAUUGAAACGCAUUCCACGCAGAUCUUCGACGAUGACGCAGUCGAUGAUAUUCUAGCUACCUCUUCUUAUGCUGACUCUCACUCGCCCAUUCCCGCCCACAGGCGGCCUCGACCGCUUCCCACAUCCGCCGCCUCACCACCCAAUCCUUAUUCGAACCGCUCAUCCAUCUUGCAUCGAUCCCUUCAGCCUCCAUCGCCUCGGUCUCAGCCGCCUUCGCAAGCUCGUACUGCCUUGCUUCAAUCCUUUUCGAACAUCACACGAGCUACUAGACACGCUGCUCAGAAUAUACUCUCUCAUCCUCUAGCUAAACCAAUUGUACCGCAUCUACCUGAUCCCGUCAAGAGUUUUGUGAAUGCCCCUGGAGAAUGGAGCAGUUGGGUAGAGAAGAGUGGGGUUGGGGAGUUCGAAAGCGCCCGUGUAUACCUUGCUCGGUGGGCAAGGAUUGUCGCCGAAGAGGGCGAAAGGGCGCGGAGAAGAGAAGCGCAGGCCAUACCGUCGUCGUCUUCCGAGGGCUUGCCAGAGGAAAACUCAUCACUUGGAGUAUUUGAGUUGUUGCACUCCACUUCGAAUUUACCGACCCCCAAGUCUUCCAGGGACCCAGCGCACCCGGUGAAUGAAUACAUGUGGGAGAUUUGGUUUGAGAACGACGGUACACCGAAAGUGCGGAUCGAGACAUUGAAGAGAGAAGUCUUCAGGAGGGGAAUCAAUCCGAAGGGGCAAUUACGACGGAAGAUAUGGCCUUUCCUGUUGAAUGUCCACGACUGGGAUGCUACCCACGAGGAGCGAGCUCUGCGCUGGGAAGAGAAGAAGAAAGAAUACCACCGUAUGAAGGAUCAGUGGUGCGGCGUGUCAGAAGUUUUUGAUCGACCAGAUGUCAUUGAGGAACGACAUCGAAUUGACGUGGAUUGUCGUCGGACAGACCGUAGUCAGCCGAUGUUCGCCUCACCUGCGUCAGCUGCCACGACGCCUAACGAGGAAAAGGCCAUGCACCAUCGCUAUUCCAUAAUGUCCCCAGGCCUAGGAGAUAUCGGUGCCCAAUCGCCGAGCAACGAGCAUGUCGAGAGAAUGGCAGCGGUCCUGCUAACAUACAACUUCUACGAGAAAGAGCUGGGAUACGUGCAGGGGAUGUCUGAUCUCUGUGCUCCAAUCUACGUGGUCAUGGAUGGUGAUGAGGAGAUGACGUUCUGGUGUUUCGUAGAAGUCAUGAAUCGCAUGAAACAAAAUUUUUUGCGCGACCAGAGCGGCAUGAAGAAGCAGCUUCUGACUCUGCAGGAACUCAUAGCGAUGAUGGACCCGGAGUUAUAUCGGCAUUUAGAGAAGACGGAUGGGCUGAAUCUAUUCUUCUGCUUCCGAUGGGUGCUCAUCACCUUCAAGCGAGAAUUCCCGUUCGAUGACGUCCUUCGUCUAUGGGAGGUUCUAUGGACAGACUAUUACAGCAAUAACUUUGUACUUUUCGUGGCCCUGGCAAUACUGGAAUCUCAUCGGGAUGUGAUCCUGAGGUAUCUGAUCGAGUUCGACGAGAUUCUGAAGUACUGCAACGAACUCAGCAUGACGAUUGAGCUUGAUUCGACCCUGGCUCAAGCUGAAGUCCUCUUCCUAUCAUUCGCGCAACUAGUUGCGGACAUUGAUCGUCGUCAGGCUGAGGCUCCCAAGUCGAAUUCCAACAAUCUCCGCCACCGUCGGUCUGUCAGCGAAGCAGGCAACCAAGGCGCUAACGAUGAUCUAGCGCAGAAGCUACCCACUAUCAGCGAGAACCUGCGGGAGCUGUUGAAGGCUGGCCGCUAG